AAAAACAAGGAAAUUUGGCGGAAGAAGCUAAUACGUAAGUCAGAAACGGGAAUGAAAUUGCUGUGGGUUGGUUUCACGGGAAAAGGAGAAAGUGGGAUUGGCAAACGAUGUUUUGUGUUUGUACGGCAAAGAAGUUUGUGGAUUCCAGAAAGCACGAAGGAGUGGAGGAGUGCAGACAAACACUAGACUAGGCCACAGGAAGAAGACUUCCUCGCCCCCCUUGCUUUUUUGUACUGUGUCUUGUCGGUCUUUAGCUACCUGCGUUUGCUGGGUCGUCUCCUCUUUCGCCAUUUGAGGCUGAGGUGCUAGACCUACCAUCGGCAAGAAAAUUGGUAACUGUGCUCUUCUUGCCCACGAAGAGAUGGGAUCCGAAGGACCAAAGGCUGUAGUGAUUCAUGUAACUGGAUUUAAGAAAUUUCAAGGGGUUGCCCUGAAUCCCACGGAGACUAUAGUGAAUAAGCUCAAGGAUUAUGUGGCAAAGCGAGGGUUGCCCGCUGGCGUUACCCUAGGGAGCUGCAUGGUUCUUGAAACUGCUGGAGAUGGAGCUCGUGACAUGCUCUACCAGACCCUCGAAUCGAGCACUGCAAAUAAUACUAUGAAUGCUGAAAAGAAUGAGCCAGUUGUUGUUUGGCUUCACUUGGGAGUGAACAGUGGUGCAAUGAGAUUCGCCAUUGAGCGACAGGCAGUGAACGAAGCCACAUUUCGAUGUCCAGAUGAGAUGGGAUGGCAACCUCAGAACUGCCCCAUCAUCCUGGAAGAUGGAGGAACUACCUCUGCAAGAGAGACUUGUUGCUCCAUUGAUGAAAUCCUGAAGUUGUUGAAGAAGAAGGGCUUCGACGUGACGAUAUCGGACGAUGCUGGCCGAUUUGUGUGCAACUACGUGUACUACCACUCCCUGCGGUAUACCCAGCAGAAGGGCCACAGAUCCCUUUUUGUUCAUGUCCCACUUUUCUCGAGAAUUGAUGAGGAAACCCAGAUGCAAUUCGUGGCCUCUGUUGUCGAGGCUAUAGGAUCAACAUGUUAAUAAUAUGCCUUAUCCCAUUGGAAAAGCUCGCUCUAAUCGUUUCCCGAAGCUUGUAUGGGUUGUUGUUGUACUAUGUCAUAUUGAGGUGCCAAGCAAAAUCGGCUUUGUUGCCUCACCAUCGUAAUAAUAAAAAGCAAAAGAUAGCUAGUUUCCAUUGUUAAAGCUCCC